UGAGAAUUGUUGAAUGUUCCCUGGUGUCCAGGAUUCAGAGUGGUCAGGAGUCUUUGCUCUCCCAAGUCCUUGUCCCAACCUGAACCCUACAGGGCCCUACGGCAGUUUUCGGCAGGUGGUCAGCAUGCUUCCACCGCUCUUUCUGGGUGUGGAGCCCCACCACACGGUCCUGGAUCUUUGUGCCGCGCCGGGCUCCAAGACCUUCCAGAUGUUGGAGGUCAUGCAUUGGCCACAAUCGGAGGGAGGAACUCCUCCCACAGGAUUCAUCCUUGCCAACGAAUUGCAGUGGCGCAGGGCCAACAUGCUGGCACACCAGGUGGGCCGACUGGGCUCGCCAUGCAUGGUGGUGGCCAUGGCCUUGGUGGCCAAGUGGCCCAAAAUGGCCCCAGUGCCAGUCAUGUCUGAACCGAGUGGAGCGCCUUUUCAGGUGAACUGUGAUGCUCAGUUCUUCCCGGAGAUGUCCAGUGCGUCGUCCGACCGCCGGGAGAUCUUCCGCUUCGACCGGGUUCUUUGCGACGUGCCUUGCUCGGGCGAUGGCACCUUGAGGAAGACACCGUACAUCUGGAGGUCUUGGACUCCUCGAGACGGGCUUUGCCUUCACAUCAGGCAGUUGAACAUCCUCUACCGGGGCUUGGAACUUCUUAAGGUUGGUGGACGCCUGGUCUACAGCACCUGCAGCUUGAAUCCCAUUGAGGAUGAGGCCGUGGUGGCUGCAGCACUGAAGCGCCAUGGUGCGGCGGUGAAGUUGGUUCCACCGCCUGAAAGCAUGUGCAGCGUGCAAGCAGGGGAUGGCCUGGCGACUUGGGUGGUCCCGAACCCUGAGAAGACUGGCGAGUUCUUCGAGGACUUCGAAAGCGCCCCAAACGAAGUGAAGUCAGGCAAAACAAAGCUGCUGUCGACGAUGUAUCCACCCACGGGUGACUUCAAAGAGCAGUGGGAGCAAGUGCGACGCUACUGCCGGCGGCUCCUCCCGCAUCUCAUGGAUACCGGUGGUUUCUUCAUCGCAACCUUUGAGAAGCGUGCUGAUUUAGCGCCAUCCGCCAAAGCGCGGCGCGAAGAGAAGCGUGCCCAGCUCAAGGCCAAGGAGGAGACCACUGAGACCGCUGAGGCGGAGGCGGAGGAAGAGAAAGAAAAGGAACCCGAGAAGCCCAAGGAGAAAGUGGUCUUCAGGCGGCUGACCAAAGAGUACCUGCCUGUGGACUCCGUGUUGCCAGAGUGGCCUGAAGUCCUAGACUUCUAUGGCUUGGAUGUUUCGCUCUCCCAUCGCUUUGUGAUGCGUGCAGAAGGUGACAAAAGCAUUUUUCUCGUCUCCGAGGCAGCUGCUGAGCUGCUCCGACAGGAGGUGAAGCUGCCGACUCGCAUGGUGAUGUGCGGUGUGGCAGCUUUCCAGAGGACUGGUUCGCACCACGAACGUGCUUGUCCCUGGCAAUUGGCGCAAGAAGGUGCAGCACAGCUUUGUGCCUUGAAGCUGCGGCGCCAGCUCGCGUGCAGCAGGUCGUUUUUGCGGCAGCUCUUGGUUGAGCGCGAGCUCACCAUAGCAGAGGUUCGCAGCUUGGCAGCGCAGGGUGAUGCCACUGGCCUCGAGGCGCUCUCAGAGGCAGAUGGUGGCGCUUUCUCGCCCGGAUCCAUAGCUUUGACACUGAGCUCCAAGGACGAAGGUGAACGGCCUCCCUUCGCAUUGGUGGCCAAUGCAUCCGAGAGCUCCUUGGAGUUGCUUUUGCGCCAGCAGGAAGCUGGGAGCCUCAUGGAGGAUCUUGCUGGGCAGCCAACUGUGCAGGAGAUCCUGGCCACCAACCAGCAGGAGGGCCUGAAUGAGGAUGAUGAGGCCGACUCUGGUGACCGAGAAGCGGAUGACGUGUGAG